AUGCAGAAGCAGUCGUCGGCGCUCUCGUCCUACUACUGCUCGCCCGCGCAGCUCAGCGCCGUCCGGUCCUUCGCCUACCAGAACGCGACCAACCAGUCGCCGACGUGCCUCGUGAGCGUACUUGGCCUCCUCGCGCCGACCUCGCUCGACGUGCAGAACCGCCCGCUCCAAGGUAUCGCAACGAGCGCCUUGAACUCGUAUUGCACGGCAGCAUGCUACGGCCAUAUCCAAGCCGUGAAGGCGAACCUCUUCCCGCCCUGCGACACGAUCGUCGAUGGCAGCGUGCGCUCGAUAGGGUCCGUCGCCAUGGACCUCUGUCCGCAAGGCGCCAACGUAGCAACGGUCCCGGUCGCCACUCGGCCGCCCAAUCGCACCGGCACCUACUGCAGCUAUGCCCAGUACGACAACAUGUCGCGGGACCUCGGCCUCAACGACCAAAGCACGCCGUGCGGGUCGACGGCGAGGAGCGCACUCGUGCCGACGCUCAUCGCGUUCGACAUCAACAACAUCCCGUUCAGCAACGUGACGUGGUCCAUGGUGAACGCUGUGUGUACACCGACGUGUGCGACGCUGCUUGUGAAGAUGAAGGCGUACUCGUACCCUGACUGCGAUGGCCUCAUUAACCUCGAGACGACGCUCUCGCUCUCCGAGAUUGGACAAUUGUAA